GCCUCAUCAGUCGCGAGGCAGCCAGAGCGAGACAGCGAACGGACGAUGCGAAAAUGAAGAGCUGCCUGCUGUGCCUGUUCCUGCUGGCCUCGGCGGCUCUUGGCCGGCCGCACGUCGAAAUCCACCACAACGCCAGCGCCCACUUCUACAGCGGCCACCACGAGCCACUGGUGGUUCACACGACCACGGGCCGCGUCCGCGGCUUCCUGCGCACCGUCGGUGACAAAGAGAUCCGCGUCUUCUACGGAAUCCCGUUCGCACGGCCGCCGCUCGGCGAACUCCGCUUCCGGCGGCCGCAGAGGGUUGACAACUGGUCGCACAUCCUCAACGCUGACGAGCUGCCCAACUCCUGUUACCAGGAGCGAUAUGAGUACUUCCCGGGCUUUGAGGGCGAGGAAAUGUGGAAUCCAAACACUAACAUCUCCGAAGACUGCUUGUACCUGAACGUGUGGGCGCCGGCGAAGCGGCGCCACAAUCACGAGUUGGCGCCGCUACUGGUUUGGGUGUACGGCGGCGGCUACAUGAGCGGCACCGCCACCCUGGCUGUGUACGAAGCGUCCACGCUGACGGCCGAAGAGGACGUGGUGGUCGUGGCCAUGCAGUACCGAGUUGGCGCUUUUGGCUUCCUUUACAUGCCAGAUGGAUCUGAGAACAGUGACAGCGAAACCAGUUCAGGUGGCAACAUGGGUCUGUACGACCAAACGCUUGCUCUGGAGUGGCUCCGCGAAAAUGCAGCUGUGUUCGGUGCUGACGCCGAAACACUCACUUUGUUUGGCGAGAGUGCCGGUGGCGGUGCCGUCAGUGCUCACCUAUUAUCGCCUGUGAGCAAAGGGUUGGUGCGUCGAGGAAUCCUGCAGAGCGGCACAAUCAAUGCGCCUUGGAGUUGGAUGACCGCAGAAAGGGCCGGGGAGAUUGGCCGCUCGUUGGCCGAGGACUGCGGCUGCAACGCGACCUUGCGGCUGGCUCGCGAGGGCGGACAGGCCGAGGUGCUCAACUGCCUGCGAAGCGUGGACCCGAAAACCAUCAGCGUGCAGCAGUGGAAUACUUACGGAGGCAUCCUCGGCUUUCCGUCCACCAUCACGGUUGACGGCGAGUUCAUCACUGACGACCCCAUGGAGCUGCUAAAACGCGGAGCCCUCAAGGAAACCGAGAUCAUGAUCGGCAGCAACAGAGAUGAAGGCACCUACUUUGUCCUGUACGACUUCAUCGACCAGUUCGACAAGGACUCUGCCAGCUUCCUUCCGCGCGACAAGUUCGUCCACCUGAUCAACACCAUCUUCAAGGACCGGCCGCAAAUCGAGCGCGACGCAAUUCUCUUCCAGUACACGGCUUGGGAGCACAUGAACGACGGCUAUCUGAACCAGAAGAUGAUCGGCGACAUGGUCGGCGACUACUUCUUCAUCUGCCCAUCGAACCACUUCGCCAACACGAUGGCUGAGAACGGCGUGCCCGUUUACUACUACUACUUCGCCCAACGCAGCUCCACUUCGUUGUGGGGCGACUGGAUGGGCGUGAUGCACGGCGACGAGAUCGACUACGUCUUCGGACGACCCCUUGACCCCGCCCGGGGCUUUACCGAGGCUGAGCAGCGCCUCAGCAAGAGCAUCAUGGGCUACUAUAGGCACUUUGCCUCCACUGGGAGGCCAACACCAGACUCAGAAGUGUGGCCACCAUACUCGAAAAACACACCGCAGUUUUACACGUGGAGUACUGAGAGUCUGGGGCGCGUCGCUGUUGGGCCAAGGGCCACAGCCUGCGCCUUCUGGAACACAUUCAUGCCCCAAAUCGCCGAGGCGCAUGCCAAGAAAGAGGACUGUGUAAAGGAAAUAAUUCCGAGCGCGUCAGCGUCGUCAGUACGGAAACUGACGGCUUUGGCCGGCUCGGUGGUCAUGUUCGUCGCGCUGGCCCUGUCCAGCGUGUAAUCGCAGCCGCGAAGGCUCUCCCGCACAUAUCAUUGUCGCAUAUCAGUCAACUGACGAUCUGUAUUCCUGUGAGACGCAAUUUAUAAUAUACAUAUCACAAAACAGACAAACAAAAAUAACACACACAAACAUACACACAUAUCACAUUUUAACGGCCGCUAUGAUUGCGCAAAUCGUUGAAAAGAAUUAUUAAGAAAAAAAAACAAGAAGUAACUCUCGUGAUACACCGCACGUGUCCGUGUGAAAAACUCACUCCAGUAGACGCUGUUGCUGCUGCUUAAAUUGAAUUCCGACCUCUCACCAAAACUCGUUUUUUAGCUGGAGAGAGGAGUAGCAUUUUGAGGGGCGCGAAUGCAUUUCCACUUUUUUUAUAGCAAACAAAACAGAAGUAAUUUUUCUUCAAUCAAAUGAGCAAAGACAAUGAACCUUACUUGAAAAUGUAGAAAUUAAAAAAAUCUUUUUGGACGAAAAACAGCAAAAUUCAAUUUUGCUUGAUAAAUUAUAAAAAAAAAAAAAAAAUCAAUCGAUUUGCGUCUCUCUGGUGUGAAACUCUCUGAAGUGUUAGCUCGGUACAGGGAGCACCACUCCACUAGAAUAAUGCUCAAUAUACAUUACCCGCGGACAAUAAUCCCGCGUCCUCUCACUUUUCUACUCAUUGCGUAGACGCUUUCUCCUCGUGCGCGUUUGCACUUUUCACACCAAUCGGCGCGGCGGAUGGCGUCACGAAGGCCACUCUCGAUUGGCCUCUAUCAGCCUUCAAACGGAUUUUCAAGUGAGACUCUAUGAUGAUGAUCGAUAUGACUUUUAUAAGGUAAAAUUUAAGAUUUUUAGGGAUGGGGUUUGUGUAAUCUUCGCGAACUGCAUAUCAUAUUUGGCUUGGAUUUUUUGGAAAUUUACCAACAACGAUUUGUCACACUCACACUUUAAAGCUAUAUUUUGAUACGGAUCGGCCGCCACAUGCAAUCUCUUAAUUUUUGCAUUCUGAUAUACUCACACACAUGUAUAAUCGACUCUGUAUUUCACGUUUUUUCUUUGUCAUUGUUAGCAUCAAUCGCUGCGUAUAAAUAUCGAGGUGUUUUCAGAGACAAAAAUUCCCCGUUCAAAUAGUGGGAAGUUCUGUGUUUAAAAAGAAAUCUUUGUUUGAGAAGAACAAAAAAAAGAGACGUUAGCAAGAAAUGGUUGUUUCUCCGUCUGCUCUCGAUCCGCUUUUUUCGUGCCGUGUUUGGUGUUUGGCACUUAGGGAUGAUUUAUUAAUAAGAGAAAGCUAUACACGUGACAGCUUUUCGUUAUUGCAAAACUUGUGGUAGAACAAAAAACAACUCACGCGCUUACUAGAAAGUACACUCACUAACACACAAGCAUAUAAUUAAUCGUUAAGGAUAUGAAAAAAAGUAAACUGCUGUAAUGUAAUACAUAUCACAUACACACGCAUAAUAAGCUGCAAAGAAUUAUAUGAUAAAUAUAUUAUACACACACACACUACGUUUAGCAUAAGGCAAAAAAUAUUUACACACGCUGAUGUUAAUUGGUGUUUUACGUCGUGUAAUAUGCUGCUAAAAACUGUGCCUUCGAUUUUGCGAAACUCGUUUCGAGCCCCGCGUUGUUCGGCUUAGCGCUGGCGCAGCCCCUGUUAGACGAUGCGGUGCGGCGAGUGGACCUGAGGCGCCAAACACUAUUGCACUAUUGCCCACAGUAAAAAAAAAUGAUUUUUAUUGUUGAUUGUGAAAUUAGUCAACAUUUUAUUAAAAAAAUAUUCGGUGGAUUCCCUACCGGAAACAUUUUUGAACCUCAGAAGAGUCAGUUACAAUUAAUAUUUAAUUUUACCUAAUAGUUCUACUUCAUGAAUUUGAGAUUGAGUCUCCUUGUGGAGACAAAAGAUCAAGAAAUGUUGAAAAUUGCACAAAAAUUCAAAAUUUUAUUUAAAAUUUGCCAUUUAAUGUUAUUCUUAAGCACAAUCUCUAAUAAAAAUCAUUAGGAAAUUCCACUUGAAAAAUUGAACUGGUUUUCGGGAACACCGUCGGCCCAACUGCGAAAAAUCUCCAAACAUAAAUAUAUUUUACGGCUCGUACGCCCUCACUGAACUUUGAUAUUUCACCUUGAAGGAGGCGAGAAUUGAUUUUAUUAAAAUUCUACAAGCUUAUUCUCCGACUCACAUGGAAAUGGCGGUGUUGGUCGAAAGCGCGUUCGAAUUAAGCUGCUUUUCUGCAAACUUUUCUGUGUCGCCUGCGGGUCCACUCGACCGUCGAGCUCCCGAUCCACCGUGCACACACAUACACACACUGUAGUCAAUUGCGAAUAUAUAAACUGUAUAUCGUACGUUCCACCCGCGCGCGUUUUCCGUUUUUCUGUUGUUGAACUGCUGUAUUGACACAUAAAAGUCGGUCGCGACCCCAAAUUCGGCAAUAGCUCUUUGAUUUCAAGAGAAAUACGUUCUCCCGCCGCGGCACGCAACAAGUAGUGCUGCUGACGCGUUCUCGCUGACUCAAUUUUCGGCCGUAAUCUCAUUACGAAAACCUUCCAGCAACCUGUUCGACACCCGAGUCGAGCCGGUUGCAUAACCCACUUUUUCCUCUCGCUCCGUCGUAAUUUGCCUGGGAGCUCCGUCAAGACGGCUCUCGAGUAUAAUAUUCCGUUCUCCAGAUGAUGAGGCGGCGCGUUACGUAAGAAAACAUUCGGAACUUAACAAAAGUCGAUAGAAACGCCCCAAUAAGCCUAUUAUCUUUUGCUCCAUCUUGGAUUUUCUUUCGUUUUAAAUGCAAAUGAAAUCACCGGGGUCAGUUCUGCGUCGCACGCGCGCCCUCCAGGCCGCUCAUACAAAGAGGACUUUGCCAGGCUCGUGAUUUUCUCUUUGCUCAACCAGAGUCGUGAUUCUCUGUGAUUCAUUGACGCUCAGCCAACUUGCGGUGAUUUCUCAGCACUUUUUUCUCCAUUCGUACAAAAAAACUUUAAAACCUAUCCAACGCGUCAGCACCACUUUAGAGGCAUGGCGGGGGCGAAAAGCUAAUCCUCUUUUCAGGAUAAUCCGCCCGGUUUUCGUUUUAAAAAUAGACAACUGCUUUUCACCUUCAGAUAAAAAGACCUCAAAUUUUUAACAUUGGGAAUUUACUAAUUUUACUGGCAAAAUUGUUCCAGUUUUAAUUAUUAAUUGAAUUAAAAGUUUAUAAGUUUAAGUUUUAUAGUGUAGUGAAAGCAAAUCAGAAAAAUCAUUUAAAAAUUCAUUUUGAUGAUUAAUCUUUAUGAGCUUUUUGAACUUUCGUGAACGUUUCUUUGUGCAGGUUUUGGUCAAAUGCUUAAUUGGAUUUUUUUACCUUCAUUUCUAAAAUUAUUAAAAAUGACUAGAGCUAUAUUCAGUUCUUUGCUUCUGUCAUCAUUGUCAUCAAUAUUAUACUUUAGAAAAACGGGCGGAGCCUGAUCACAUUUCCAUUCAAGCAGAUCAUAAAUAUAUAAACUUUCUGAUUAUUUCCCGAAUCAGCCUUCGGUUCUUUGAUCAGGCCUAGCAGGCAUUGUUGAUGUUGUUUAGGUCUCAACACUCAGGGUAGCUGAUAUAUAUUAUAAUUCUUAGACUGAAAAUUCGAGUUCGGCCUAUAGUCAGAAAAGAACACUCGUAUAACCACACAAACAGUAAAAAAAGAAAAUCAACCAACACACACACACAUACUUACAUAUCAAAAGAGGAAAGAUUAAGAAAUUUGAGUAACCAUACAAAAAACAAAUUGCAGCCUAAUAAUAUAAAAAUGCAUAUAUUCGCGUGUCUGUCACACAAUAACCGAUAGGUAAUGCUCACUUGUGUACUCAUUGUUAGACUCUAUACUCAUAAAUGGGUGUCCAUCCACGACUAGCUAAAUGUGAUGCAGGUAAACGCACACUUCCCUGUAAUAUUAAAGGGGCGGUUUAUUCAUUCCGUUUGAUGUCCGUUUUGGGUACUGUGGAUCAACAAAAAAAAUCAUACGUGCUCUGCUUUUUUAUUUGUCGCUUCUUUCGGGACGGAAUAUCUUGAGGGUCACUGGAUCGUUAUUUACGACUUUGUGAGAAACUUUGACUUUCCCACCAACAUAUGAUUGAGAAUUAAACAAUAUACAUAUAUAAAUUCUGUUUCAUAGCUGCUUCAAAGUAAUAAAUAACGAUGAAAAUCUGCUAAACAAUACUCGUGGUGUAACAAUCAGCAUAAUUAAUUAAUCUCACUCUCAGCACAAAGUCAGUGUCUAAUUAAGGAAUUAUAUCUCGUGUCAGGUAAAGAGCAGCUAUAAUUUCAUAGCAGAGGUGUCAAUGACAAUGAAGUGAUAAAAACUUUGAAUAUAAUUAUAUAAAUAAAUAUGUAUAUACUACAUAUAUUAUAUUAUAUACGAGAGAUUGCGAUCAGCGAAUAUAACCUUGAUUGUGUAAAUACGUCAAGAAUUUUAUCCUUUUUAAAAUGCGAAACAAAAAAUAAAAGAAUUAAACAUUCUCUCUCUUACUCUCCUCUUGAGAGCUGCGAGUCCCCCAACCUCACAAGAACGAUCGACAGGGCUCGCCUUGUGAAAAAUUUGCAUUUCCAAUCGCAUCGCAAGUAAAUUACGAGCAAGUGAGCGAGGGAGGGCUUCUGCUCUGAUUGCGAGACACAUUUCCCAAGAGAGAGUCUUGCUCAAGUGUUUUAGCCUCCUUUAAAUGUCUUUUGCUUUGGCCCGGUUUCAGUCGAUUUGCCAUUUGCAUUUCAAGCCCCUGAUAUACAAGUGCUGUCUACACUUGCACGAAGCAACUGACAAAAGUUCUUGCAAAAUUUUAAUGACAAACUUUUACAGACAUAAUAAUUUCCAGAAAGUUUUAAUAGAAGAGCAAAGUUAAAAAAUUAUUUUCCUUGCAUCAUUUUUCUAAUAAGAAAUUUUUAUAUUUCAUCACAAAGAAAAAAUAACAUAUUAGGUAAAAAUGAUUCGUGCAAGUUUUUCAUCACUUGUGGUUAAAUUUUAUAAAAGAAAACUAAAUGUGAAUUAAAAUUGAACGUGGAAGAAAUGUGGAGCACACGCUGUGACCUGCUGAUUGGUGCAAUAUAUUAUGCGUUACGUUUAAAGCUGAUUAACUUGGAACUGAAAACAAAAUAUUCAUAUCAAUUGGAUUUUGAGUAAUUAAAAGCGCGCGUCAAUAUUUUGUACAACCCCUGCAUACGGUCAUAUGUAUUUUUAUAAAGAAGAAAAGAACGUGUUAACUCGGAACUAGCUGUGUUUUGGCUGGUUUUUUGCUCUUUGGUUUCGGUGGGAUCGAAAAAAGAAGCACAACUGAGGUUUAGGUGUCGUUUCGGUGUUAGUAGUCUUCGUAAUCAUAAGCUAUAAUGCACACUAAGACACACACUCGAACAAUUAAUUAGCUCCAUGUGCUGCACACACAAAUGAUAUAGGCGGAGCCGCAAUUUGACAGCAAAAUAAAAUUGGAACAGAAAUUAAAUGUAGUUUUGAGACUCGAAAUCGCACCCAGCAGACGUUUCGUUUCGGCGCAAAAACCAGAAAGUGUAGAAAUUUUCUCAUGCAGGCUCGUAUGUACGUUGGGAUUCAAAGUAGUGCUUUUGAUAUGGAUUAGGCGUUGGUCAAUAAUCAAUAAAUUGCUCUUGGGUAGGAACAACUCACUUUCCUUGUGCUGUGUAAUCCAUCAUUACCUGUGUACUUAACGGAAUUAAUACAUAUCAUAUUAAUUACUAAAUUGAUUAUUACUGAAUGAUAUAUACACUUAAAUAUGAAUAUAUAUUUAUGUAGCCAUUUGUAUAUCAUGUAUGCUAACCGUAUUUAGCGACAAAUAAAGGAGAACAAUC